UUUCAAUUCAUGUAUGCAUGGCAAUUAAUAUGUAGCAGUUGGCUUUGCUUACUCAUUCUCCCAAUAAUGACGAAACCCCUAUAAAUACAUACACUCUUGAAACUCUCAGCCACACCCUCCCCUUUCAAAAGCAAAGUGAAAGCACUUUUUCAGAAAACUUGCACUUCAAUUCAAUCUAGUAUUCUAUACUGCUGCUACUGUAUAAUUAGCAGCUAGUAUCUAUAUAUAAUUAAAUAAGUUUAUACUAAUUCCCUUAUUAUUAUAAAAUGGAGGGUGGUUUGUGGAAGAAAGAGUUGGUUCUAAGGUUUGUUGUGCUUGCUGUGGCUGUUGUGAACACAGUGCAAUGGAAUGGAGAAGGCACGCGUGUAGGGUUCUAUUCGAGCACAUGUCCACGUGCCGAGUCCAUUGUCAGGUCCACAGUGGAAUCCCACCUUAGGUCAGACCCUACUUUAGCUGGUCCAAUACUUAGGAUGCACUUCCAUGAUUGCUUUGUGCGAGGUUGUGACGCUUCUGUUCUCAUAGCCGGUGCUGGCACUGAGAGAACAGCGGGGCCAAACCUUAGUUUGAGAGGAUUUGAUGUCAUUGACGAUGCUAAGGCUAAGAUCGAGGCUCUGUGCCCUGGUGUUGUCUCUUGUGCUGAUAUCCUUAGCCUUGCUGCUCGUGAUUCUGUAGUUCUGAGUGGUGGACUAAGUUGGCAAGUGCCCACAGGACGCAAAGAUGGAAGGGUUUCAAUUGGAUCAGAAGCCUUAACUUUGCCUGGUCCUAAUGAUACCGUCGCAACCCAGAAGGAUAAGUUUUCAAACAAGGGCCUUAACACCGAAGACCUCGUCAUUCUUGCUGGUGGGCAUACGAUAGGUACAAGUGCUUGCCGAUCUUUCGCAGACAGAAUAUACAACCCCAAUGGCACUGAUCCUUCCAUCGACCCUUCAUUUCUUCCAUUUCUGCGACAAAUUUGCCCACAAACACAACCAACGAAGCGAGUGGCACUAGACACAGGAAGCCAAUUCAAAUUCGACACGUCCUACUUCGCUCACCUAGUUAGAGGCCGUGGAAUUCUCCGUUCUGAUCAGGUUCUUUGGACUGAUGCUUCCACAAGAGGCUUUGUUCAGAAAUACUUAGCCACAGGUCCCUUCAAGGUCCAAUUCGGAAAGUCUAUGAUCAAGAUGAGCAACAUUGGUGUCAAGACCGGUUCUCAGGGUGAAAUUCGCAAGAUAUGUUCUGCUAUUAAUUAAUUAAGGCAAAUAUUAAUCAGUAUCCUUAUAAUAUUGAUUAAGGAAUUAAAAAAAUAUUUAAAAUUAUAUUAAUCAUCACUUAAGGAUACUGGUUAAUAAGACUAAUUAAUUAAUUGCAUACUUUUCUGAGAGGUGCCAAGAUUAAACUUCUAUACACCUCCUUAAUUAAAUCUAUGCCAGAAAAACUUUGCUUUAUAAGUGAAUAAAGCAAUAAUUAAAAAUAUUGUGGACAAUGAUAUAAAAAGAAAUAAAAAUCAUUUAAGAUCUGUUAAUCGCAGAAUUCGACUAUGACCGCAGAAAAGCUUGUGAAAUAAAAUUAUUAUAUUUUUGUUAGCUA